AUGUCGGAACAAGCAUCGACUCAUUGGGCUAAAGAUCAUCAGGAAGAAGAUCGAGUCGAACAAUUGAUCAAGAAGACGGGUUGCUGGGACGCGCACCUCGGAGUGGUUGAUU